UGAAACGAGCAGCGCCCCGUCCUCUCGCCGUCGUAACUCUUCUGCCUCCCGCGGGUACGCAUCGCGUUCGUCUCGCCGGAGCCGCACCACGUCUCCACCCCUCUCCCUGGCCCCGGGCCCAGCUCCAAACUCCAAAAGACGUCUCCCGCCAAAAACAUCGCCCAUUUCCAUUUCAUUUUCUCCCCUAAUCCGUCGCCUCCCGAAUCCCGACUUCGUUCCCCAAAUCAAGCUCCCAUCCGAGCCAAACCCUAGCUCCCGCCGCCGGGAUGGACUUCGCGGUCCCUUCUUUCUCCCUGGGACUAGAUCUGGAAGACCACGAUCCCCCUCCUUCCCCGGCCGCCGUGAGCGACCGGCGCGAGCGGGCGCGAGGGUACGCGGCGCCCGACCCGCCGCCGUUCUCUCUCGGCAUCGGCGUUGACGACGACGACGAAUUCCUCGCCGGCGGUCAGCGUCACGGGCAAGCGCGGCCCCAGGUGGCGUCCCGACUUCUCCCUUCGACCGGCGUUGAAGAGGAGGAGGACGACCUCGUCCUCGCCGGUGCCAAGCGGCCGGCGCGAGUGGGCUGCGAAACGCUAGAGCCGGACCCCCUGCCGCCGCCGCCGCCGGAGACGACUCGAUUUAAGCGGCUGCGGAGGGGCCCAGCGCCGACUCAUCCAGCGCUGACACCGCAAGUGCGGCGCUAUGAGGCACCUGAGCCCCCCUCGUUCUCCCUCGGCAUCAGUGACGAAGACGACGACUUCCUCGCCGGCGGCCAGCAUCACGAGCAAUCGAGACCACAGGGUGAUCCUCGGGUCUUCUCAUCGCUCGGUGUUGAAGAGGAGGACGACGACUUCUUCGUUGCCGGUGAGCAACCACCAGAGCGAGUGCGGCGCGAAACGCUAGACCCGGACCCCUUGCUGUCGCCGACGCCGGGGACGACUCGGCCUAAGCGGCUGUGGAAGGGCCCUGCGCCGCCACGUCUGGCGCCAACACCGCCUCCUCCUCCUAAGGCGCCAGAGCCGGCCGUGGCGGAAGUGUCUCCAGUGGUGAGUGAGAAGGCAGCACCGGUGGCUGGUUCGAGUUUAGAGGAUGAGAUCGAAGAUUGGACAGACGAGGAGCUACUAGUGCGAGAUGUGCCACCAUCCGUUGGUAGCUGCAACACUUCCAGAAACUCAAAAUUCUCUCUGCUAAAUCAUGGUGUCCUUAUGAGUCAAUCAGCGACCAAAGCAAAGAUAUCCAAAUUUACACAAGUGUCAAAUUCUUCUGUUUCAAAAUCUUUAGAAGAAAGCUGCACAAAGAAACUACUUCCUAAGAUAACAGUAAGCCCAAUGAGGAAAAUCUAUUUGCUUGACUCUGACACCGAUGUUGAUGAUGACCAAAAUCAAAAUAAAGCAAUGAAGCCAGUUAGUCCUCUUAGAAAGAGACAAGAAUCCAUGGACAAGUAUAUGCAGAAAGAGCCUACCGUGCAGCAAAACAGCAAGCCCCAAGGGAGUACUACUGUGCAGAAGAGUGAAGCUAAGAUGAACGACAACUGGGCAACUCCUGCUCUCGAUGAUUUUUGCAACGAUUACUUCAAAAGUAUGAAAUACACAGGAUCAUCUAAGCAUAAUGAAGGCAGUAGUUUUUGUCGUUCCAAGGUUUCUCAACCCAAAUACUCUAUUGGUGAAGUUGAAGAGCAUUUGCAGCAGCAAAGUACUUCAAGUGGAGCUGUAAUAGAUGACAACCUGACUGACAUUCAUCCUCCUGCUGUGUAUUAUUUCUUCCACCAUAAUCCAAUGGUGCGUGAUCUAGUUUGUGAAAGGCUGCAACAUUUCUUUCCCAUUGGGGCAGAAAGUACCAGAGACAAUGAGCAAAACAGAGCAGAUAGUCUCAGCUACAGGAGGCAAUUCGGCUCGGGUGGUGCUGUUACUGAUGGAUGGGUGACUCCAAAUAGAAGUAUCUCUGUUCCAACUGAUGUUGGCGGAAGAAGGGUACGUGCCAAUGGAACUCAAUCUGGUUCUGGCCAUUGGUUUACUGGGGAGGACGGAAGGAAGGUUUAUGUCUCGAAAAAUGGGCAGGAGUUGACUGGCCGAGAAGCCUAUCGACAAUAUCAAAAGGAAAGUGGCAGGAGAUUUAACAAGUACAAGAAGAAAGGUUCAUCUGGAACCAAACGAGGUGCUGCCAAAGCAAAGAAAGCCACAACCGCAGCGAAGCAAUGCACGAGUAGAGCAAAAAGGAAGCGAUGAGAGGUGGGUCUGCUUGCCCCCCAGCUUCGCAGUGGACAGGAUUUCGUUGUAGUUAGUUUCUUUGGAGGGGAAAUACAGCAGGGGAAGCCCCUACUGUGUGAUUUUAUUAUAAGAAAAAAGAACAAAAGAAAGGUUACCAGUAAGGGGAUACAAAACAUGUACAGGUGGUAUUGGAAGUGAGGGAAUGCAACAUGCAGCCAAAUGGUGAAAAAGAAGCUACAAGUUAACUAAUAGAGCUGAUCCAUAAAGAAAUUGAGUUUCUUAGGCUGGGGUUGACCCCGUGAAGCUGAAGGUUAACUUGGUCCACAAAAGCUUUUCUCCAAUCUUGGAAAGUAGGUCUGGUGUUAUGAAAAAUGUGACCUUCGCUGCUUCCAAAUGUGCCAUGCUGCAAUAGUGAAGACUUCCAUGAAGAAAGACAUCUGAAAUUCGGUUUUGGCCGUUGUCAUCAUGGAUAAGAACUCCAGAGUGUAGUAACAAGAGAUGCCCAGUGCAGUCCAGCACCUGACACUGAAAGGACAUGUGAAGAACACGUGGAAAGUAGUUUCUUUCUCGUUAGAGCUGCAUAGAACACAGUUGUAGUUACUGCCAUUGAUUGUGUAGUUCUUACUUCUGAGGGUAUUGGUGUUGAGCCUAUCCAUAAAGAGUAACCAAGAGAAGACUUUGCUUUUCCUGCAUCAUUUGGAUUUCCAUAUCCAAGAGAAGGGGAGU